GUCUGAACCUUGCUAAAUGAGUCAAAGCCAGCAAUGUCAACAGCCAGCUAAGCUACUCUAUAUAACUGUUUACUGUGAAGGAAGGGAGAUAACUGUUUAGCUGUCCAGCAUUUGUGCAGACAGUCUUUGAAGAGAACAAUUCCUGACUAAGAUAUAUUAAACUGUAAUUGCCUGUUUGGGCAUAUUAUUAUCUUGCAUAUACAAUAUUUAAAAAAGGUUGUAUAUCAAAUGUCACAUGUAAAUUAGUGUGGCAGUGGUUAUGUUGUGCACCGUUUAUCAGUGGUAAUAACUUUAUUGUCAGUGUUACAGUGAUAUUAUAUAACAUUACAUUAUAGAUGUUCUGUAGGUAUUCUGUAAAUACUGCUUUGUGAGUAAAUGCUUGAUAGUUAAUUGGCAAAUUUUAUAGGUACUGGAAUAAGAUUGGUUCUGAAAUGGAGAACACACAGGAUCAAGAGGGAAUGAAUAACAAUGAGGGUGAAGAAAAAGAAAAUGCAACUCAAACUGUUCAGAAGGAGCUGACUGAAACACAUAAUACUGAGAGUGUGAAGAAUACAGAUGAAAUUAGUGCUAGUCGAACAGAUGAAAGUAACAGUGCAUAUGCUGUAAGUGUUAAUAUUGCUGAAGAGCAAAAAACAAGUAACACAAAGUGGAGAGAGUUGGAUGAUUUGUACACUUUACUACAGGAACAGGCAUUAAUUUAUGACAAUGACAAAAGGGCUGUUGAAUCGACAAGGCAAACAUCAAAGGAAAAGGUGAAUCAAUUGUUUGAAAAGGUCCAACAAGUUCUGUUUGAAAAGAAAGAUGAGCUUUUAAGUAAAAUUGAUACAGAAUGCAAUGAUGCUGCUUGCUUUCUCGCUGAUAUUUUAAGAAAUAUAGAAUGUGAUAUACAGAAAAUGAGUGAUUCUGAUAUUAGUUGCGGAGAAGCAGCAGUUGAAGUGUUGAAAAAAGAGAUUGAUACAGCUUUCAAAAUCAGAUUAGAUACUUUCAGUCAGUUUAAUCAACCAAAGCUUGUGCUAAAUGAAAAGGUUGUGGAGUUAGUGAAAGGACUUAGUUUGGGAGAAUUUCAAGGGUCUACAAUUGACAACACACGCUUGACAGAGCUGGAGAGCAGUGACAACGACAGUCAAGAAAGUGAUACUUAUGAAAGUGCACCAGAAUCUGAAGAUUAUUUAAAUGAUGGAGAAAGCAGUCAGAAUGAAGCUAUGAUCAUUGAAGAAGGUACUGGAAGUGCUGAUGUUGAAGGUUUAGUGGAGGAAAACAAAAAGGAUCAUGAUGGUGCUACGGUGUCAUUGGGGAAUGCAGUUUCUACACCAAGAGGCCCUCGCAUUAAAAAUGAAGCAUGUCCAACCCCCUACUGGAAGGCUAUGGGUCUUAGUAAACCACCUGAAGUACCUCAGCCUUUAAACCAGACAGAGAAUGGCAACCUUCCAGACAAUAAAUUAGAGCAUUUGCAUUCAUUUUCACUUAAUUCACUGCAUGGUCAACAGAAACUGAUACCUGUUGCAAUGACCUGGAAUUGUGGUAGGAUUUGCGUGGCUGACAGAGCCAAUACAAAGAUUGGAUUUUUCAAUCAAGAUGGAGAAUUAAUUACAGAAAUGACUAUUGACUCUAUAGAGCUACGGGAUAUGACAUUUCUUGAUGAAACAUAUGGAGAAACAAGAUAUGUGCUAACAAGUCCAAAAAGUAAAACUUUGAUGAUUAUUGGUAUAGAUGUUGAAAAUAGCACCAGACUGAUACUGAAAUUGGAUUCGCCGCAUCGGUAUUCAUUUAUUUGCCGUGGCCCAAGACCAGCGGCAUUACUUGGGGCUAAAGUAGUUUCAAAAAGAAAUAAAUCAGUCAUUCACAUGUUCACAUUCUCUGGGCAAGUUUUGCUUUCAAUUGCAAAUACUCCAAGCUAUAAUCAGUUACAAUGUGUAAAGGGUGUAGAUGUGUUUGGGAGCAAUAUUAUUGUCCUUGAUAGUAAAGUAAAUUCUGUCUCUGUGUACCAAGAUGAUGGAAGAACGGUUGGAGAGUAUCGGGGAACACCAGAACUACCACUGGUGAAUCCACUAGAUAUGACAUUAGAUAACAAGGGUAAUAUAAUGGUUCUGAAUGGAGAGUUUUCGAAUAUACAUGUUAUAGAUCUCCACUGCAAUUUCAUAGAAGUGAUCAAUUUACCAAGUUGCAAGGCAUCUAGCAGAAAGUUGAUCGCUUUUGACAUAGAAAGUCAAAGGCUGUCAGUUGCAAAAAGUAACGGUGAUGUAGCUAUAUUUACAUUUAAGAAUGGAUACAGUUGCCUGACUCAGAGGAAACCUGAUCCAUGUUUAGCGGUACCACAUCAAAAUGCAACAAACAUUUGGGAGCAACCACAAGAGGUUGUUCCAUUGGUGGAGGGGAUGGUUCCGAGUGCCAUUGAAGACAUUAUGUCAAGGCAAAGAGGAAGAAAUAGACUGAGAAAUACUAACAGCCAAUAUCCUUCCUAAAUCUUUUUGUUAAAAAGGAAAUCUGUUAACAGAGCUAUGAAAAUUACCAUACAAUACAUUCAUUGUUUAUUGCAAGCUUUGUAAUGUGCAAAUUAAAAGGCACUGAAGAAGCAAGAAUAAAUGGGUCAUGAUGGAUCAUCUAGGAAAAUUUUCAAUAUUGACAAAUUCUGAUGUCCAGACAAUGACCUAAAAUACAUUAGUAUUGUGUAACUGUUUGGUUAACAGAAUUAUCUUAUUUUUAACAAUUUUGUUAUAUAGUUAUUUCUAUUUAGAAGCAUUGUGAUACCAGUACAUUCACUUAUAAUGAGCAUGUUGUUCUUAGUUAUUUUAUUGAUAAAUGUCUAAAAAAAAAUAACUGGACCAAGUUCGGCAGUAAUUGAUGAAAAUAUUGAAUUUAAUCAGUAAUUUUUAUACCCCCCCUUCAAAGAAGGAGAGGUAUAUUGUUUUGCAGAUGUUGGUCGGUCUGUCGGUUGGAAUGUAGACCAAUCCGUUUCCAGAUGAUAACUCAAAAACGCUUGGGCCUAGGAUCCAAAGUUGAUAGGGAGGUUGGUCAUCACCAGCAGAUGACCCCUAUUGAUUUUGAGGUCUGUAUGUCAAAGGUCAAGGUCACAGUGACCCUGAAUAGUAAAACGGUUUCCGGAUGAUAACUCAAGAACACUUGGGCCUAGGAUCAUGAAAGUUGAUAGGGAGGUUGGUCAUCACCAGCAGAUGACCCCUAUUGAUUUUGAGGUCUGUAUGUCAAAGGUCAAGGUCACAGUGACCCUGAAUAGUAAAACAUUUUCCGGAUGAUAACUCAAGAACACUUGGGCCUAGGAUCAUGAAAGUUAAUAGGUAGGUUGGUAAUGACCAGCAGAUGACCCCUAUUGAUUUUGAGGUCAGUAUGUUAAAGGUCAAGGUCACAGUGACCCUGAACAGUAAAACAGUUUCCGGAUGAUAACCCAAGAACGCUUCGGCCUAGGGUCACAAAAGUUGAUAGGGAGAUUGGUAAUGACCAGCAGAUGAUCCCUAAUGAUUUUGAGGUCAGUAUGUUAAAGGUCAAGGUCACAGUUACCCUGAACAGUAAAACGGUUUCCGGAUGAUAACUCAAGAACGCUGAGGCCUAGGGUCACGAAAGUUGAUAAGGAGGUUGGUCAUGACCAGCAGAUGACUCCUAUUGAUUUUGAUGUCAGUAUGUCAAAGGUCAAGGUCACAGUGACCAGAAACAGUAAAAUGGUUUCUAGGCAUUAACUCGAGAAUGCUUGGGCCUAGUGUCAGGAAAAUUGAUAGUUAGUUUGGCCAUGGCUAGCAGAUGAUCCCUAUUAACUUUGAGGUCAUUAGGUCAAAGGUCAAGGUCACAUACAAGGAACAGUUAAAACGGUUUCUGAUUUUCUUGUCCAAAACCAUAGGGCCUAGGGCUUUGAUAUUUGGUAUGUAGCAAAAUCUAGUGGUCCUCUACCAGGAUUGUUCAGAUUAUUUCCCAGGGGUCAAAUAUGGCCCCACCCCGGAGGUCACAUGGUUUAUAUAGACUUAUAUAGGAAAAAACUUUGAAAAACCUCUUGUCCAAACCACAUGGGCUAGGGCUUUGAUACUUUGUAUAUGACAUCAUCUAGUGGUCCUUUACUAAGAUUGUUCAGAUUAUUCCCCAAGGGUCAAAUAUGGCUCCGUCCUAGGGGGUCACAUGGUUUACCUAGACUUGUAUAGGGAAAAACUUUGAAAAUCUUGUCCAAACCACAAAGGCUAUGGCUUUGAUAUUUUGUAAUGUAGCAUCAUUUAGUGCUUCUCUACCAAGUUUGUUCAAAUUAUCUCUCUAGGGUCAAAUAUGGCCCCGCCCCAGGGGUCAUAUGGUUCAUGUAAACUUAAUAGGGAAAAACUUAGAACCUUCAUGUCCAUAACUUGCAUCAUUCAAAAUUGGACCACAUGUAUAGUUUUGAGUGGCAAGAUAAACCUUGACAUGAGUUGACCUUGAUCUUGACCUGAUGACCUACUUUCACAUUUCUGUAGCUACAGCCUUCAAAUUUGGACCACAUGCAUAGUUUUUUGUUCGGAAAUAAAAUUAUGUCUCCCCCAGGAGACAUAUUGUUUUUGCCCUGUCCGUCCGUCCGUACGUCACACUUCAUUUCUGAGCAAUAACUGGAGAACCAUUUGACCUAGAACCUUCAAACUUCAUAGGGUUGUAGGGCUGAUGGAGUAGACGACCCCUAUUGUUUUUGGGGUCACGCCGUCAAAGGUCAAGGUCACAGGGGCCCGAACAUUGAAAACCAUUUCCAAUCAAUAACUAGAGAACCAUUUGACCCAGAAUGUUGAAACUUCAUACGAUGAUUGGUCAUAAAGAGUAGAUGACCCCUAUUGAUUUUGGGGUCACUCCAUCAAAGGUCAAGGUCACGGGCCUGAACAUGGAAAACCAUUUCCGAUCAAUAACUAGAGAACCACUUGACCCAGAAUGUUGAAACUUCAUAGGAUGAUUGUACAUGCAAAGUAGAUGACCCCUAUCGAUUUUGGGGUCACUCCAUUAAAGGUCAAGGUCACAGGGGCCCGAACAUUGAAAACCAUUUCCGGUCAGUAACUUGAGAACCACUUGACCCAGAAUGUUGAAACUUCAUAGGAUGAUUGGUCAUGAAGAGUAGAUGACCCCUAUUGAUUUUGGGGUCACUCUGUCAAAGGUCAAGGUCACAGGGGCCUUAACAUGGAAAACCAUUUCCGAUCAAUAACUAGAGAACCUCUUGACCGAGAAUGUUGAAACUUCAUAGGAUGAUUGUACAUGCAAAGUAGAUGACCCCUAUCGAUUUUGGGGUCACUCCGUUAAAGGUCAAGGUCACAGGGGCCUGAACAUUGAAAACCAUUUCCGGUCAGUAACUCGAGAACCACUUGACCCAGAAUGUUGAAACUUCAUAGGAUGAUUGGUCAUGAAGAGUAGAUGACCCCUAUUGAUUUUGGGGUCACUCUGUCAAAGGUCAAGGUCACAGGGGCCUGAACAUGGAAAACCAUUUCUAAUCAAUAACUAGAGAACCACUUGACCCAGAAUGUUGAAACUUCAUAGGAUGAUUGUACAUGCAAAGUAGAUGACCCCAAUCGAUUUUGGGGUCACUCUAUUAAAGGUCAAGGUUACAGGGGCCUGAACAUUGAAAACCAUUUCCGGUCAGUAACUUGAGAACCACUUGACCCAGAAUGAUGAAAUUUCAAAGGAUGAUUGGUCAUACAGAGUAGAUGACCCCUGAUGAUUUUAGGGUCACUCUGUUAAAGGUCAAGGCCACAGGGGCCUGAACAUGGAAAACCAUUUCCAAUCAAUAACUUGAGAACCUCUCGACCCAGAAUGUUGAAACUUCAUAUGAUGAUUGUUUAUGCAGAGUAAAUGACCCCUAUUGUUUUUGGGGUCACUCCAUUAAAAGGUCAAGGUCACAGGGGCCUGAACAGUGAUAACCAGUUCUGAUCAAUAACUUGAGAACCACUUGACCCAGAACAUUGAAACAUCAUAGGAUGAUUGAACAUGCGGAGUAGAUGACCCCUAUUGAUUUUGGGGUCAGUCUAUUAAAGGUCAAGGACACAGUGGCCUGUUCAUGUAAAAUCAUUUUUUGGAAAUAACUUGAGAACCACUUGACCUACAAUGUUGAAACUUAAUAGGAUGGUUGGACUUGCAGAGUAGAUGACCCCUAUUUAUUUUGAGGUCACUUGAUCGAAGGUCAAGGUCACAGAAGCCUGAACAGUGACUUGAGAACCACAAGGCCAAGAGUGUUGAAAUUUAGCGGGAUGAUUGGACAUGCCAAGUAGAUGAUCCCUAUUGCAGCCAGCCAUCAGUGUCUCUUUGACUUUUGCUCCUGACCCCUAUUGACUUCUUGCCUAUAGGACUUUGCAUUGGGGGAGACAUGCGCUUUUUUACAAAAGCAUUUUCUAGUUUGACAUUGAUUUUGGCCUAGUGACCUACUUUCACAUUUCUCAAGCUACAGCCUUCAAAUCUGAACGACAAGCAUAGUUUUGUGUACUGAACUUUGAUCUUGAGAUUGACCUAGUGACCUACUUUAACAUUUCUGAAGGUACAGCCUUCAAAUUUGGACCACAUGCAUAGUUUUUUGUUCCAAAAAAUUUGACAUUGAUUUUGACCUAGUGACCUACUUUUACAUUUCUCAAGCUACAGCCUUCAGAUUUGAAGGACAUGCAUAGUUCUGUCUACCGAAAUGAACUUUGACCUUGAAAUUGAUCUAGUGACCUGCUUUCACAUUUCUCAAGCCACAGCUUUCAAAUUUGGACCACAUACACAUUGUUUUGUACCGAAAUGAAAUUUGACAUUGAUUUUGACCUUGAGCUAGUCUUGAAAUUUGAAACAUUCAAAAAUGGCUCAGUGGAUGGCGCCAGGAUCACUCUGUAAUCUCUUGUUAGGUUAAAGGUCAAGGUCAGAUUAAACCAGAGUGGUAGAACUUUUGUUUUAUAUAAUACAGUGAGCAUAUAAUUUCUGUUCCUUGUGCAAUUACUGAAUGCAUCAAGGGGGGCAUUUCGUGUUCGACGAGCUCUUGUUGACUGAUACAUUGAUAUGAGUUCGGACUGAUAAAUGCGUUUUUACAAAAAGAGUAGAUGUCAGUAAGCUUAUACAAAAAACAUUGAAUUUGAUUUGAGAUAUUUGUACUCAUAGUAGAAGAUAGCAUGUUAAACAUACAUGAUGUGACAGAUACAUGAAUGGAAAGCUAUGCUUUAAAGUGACCUAAUGUUUGUGUUAAACUUGUUUAAAUUGUACAAAGUUUUGGAUUGUGUUAUUGUAAUAAAAAGUUGUUGAGGAUAUUGUAUUGCUUAAAUGGAGUUCUGACUGUAAAUAUGUUGCAUAGAACACUAAAAUAUUUGAUAAGCAUUUAA